UCAACAGUGACUUGUAUGCCCAUAAAUACAUCAUUGAUGAAGUAAAACAACACGCCGUGUAUAAUUAGCGUCAGUGAAUGACAGUUGUAGAACAUCUCCAAGGUUUGGGUUAGAUCGCGUUAAAAUUCGCAGUAAAAAUGGGCAGUACACAGUUGGACGAAAACUUUUUUUAUAACAGCAUGCUGGCCAAAGCCAUGGUUCAGAUGCUUCCUCCAAACGAUAGAAAGGUGAUUCGAUUGUGGUUUGAUAAACUGAUGCAAACUGAUAAAAAUAAGGAGCAGAAGGAAAUACGAAAUGAAUAUGUGUGGUUCAUUUUACUCAUGCUGCAAUGUAAGAAAUUGCGAGAACCAUUCACUGGAGUUCCACCACUUGAACUGGAACCUCUCAGAGAUAUAGUGUCAAGUAAAGUAUACGAAGAAGUGAUGGUUGCAAACGAUGACAAUAUGGACUGGUUGGAGAAGUCCAAAGGCAUAUCGAAGAGGAACGUUCAGUUUAGAGGAACAGCUCCUUCGCAGUUUUUCAAAAGUAUGCCCAUACCAAACGCCGGCGUCAUUUGUUACUUAUCAGCAUUUAGUGAUAGAGGCAAUUAAGGUCUUCUUAUUUUGUAAUCAUGUUAAAGUUUUCGAGAAAUGAAGAUGCCACAAAUAAAGUUAUUUCGAGUGUCUAGUAAUCCGGAAUUACUUUAGAAGGUAUGUUAUCGGAUCCCAAAGACGCGCAGAUGUUUUAAUCCGCCAGCUUAAGGCCAAACCGACCCCUGCGAGGAAGACUAUUGUAACUCAGUUUUGGUUGAACUCAGAUAAAGGCAUUAGACCAUUUUCUGUUGAAUUUCGUUGUAAAAAAAAGAUCUCAUCGAAAAUAUGUUGCACAUUGCAGUAAGUCUUGUAUAUAGAAGGUUAUACAAUACUAUAGUUUUUGUUGGAUCAAGUAAAGGAAAAGUACACUUGCUCUAGACUUAGUAGGACAUUUAUUGAAAUAUUACAGUAUUUUUCAAACAAACCGUCGAAAAAUCUGCCA